AUGGCUGACGACGAGGACGACCCUGUCAUCGCUUCCUACGAUGUCUACCUUACGGAACCUCCUAAUAGCAAAGAUGCGUCUUCGAAAUUAUAUGUCCUCCAAUACCCUUCGCACCGACCUUAUUGGAGACCGUACGAUGCCGCAACAUCGCAGACUCCCACCUCUCUCCGCCUCAAACCAGACUCUGGCUUUGUGGAGAUCGACGUGCCCAUCUUGACACAUGAAUAUUACAAUGAGUAUGCCGGCGAAAGAUUCGGCAAAGCCGUUGCUGAAGGCCGGACCAUGCAAGCUGGUGGUUCACACGGGCUGGCUGGAGGCUUCAGCGCUGGCUCAACACAGUCCAGAUUCAAGGACGUUCCGAUGCAUGACCAGCCUGCCUCCUCCGCCCCGUAUCUGACUUCUCAAACUUUGGGUGGGAAGAUGGUAGCUCCAAGUACCCGCGAUCCUAUCUAUCUGGUGGGCUGUUUCAAGCAAAAUCAAAUCCAUCUCUCCCAUGUGGACUCUGUCGUCCAGAUGCGCCCUCAGUUGCACCACAUAGACGCGGAAGAUGAAGUCAGCCAGAAACGACUACAGUCGGCCAACGCGGCUGGGUUGGCCAAACAGAAACCUGGCUUGGAGGCUCCCACUCCAAAAGUUGAGUCCAAAGCCAUCGAGCUCAAGAUUAGAGAUAACAAGGAUGACGCCAAAGACCGUGGCCUCAAUGAGAAUGCAAGAUUGUUGCGUGAUAUCCAAGUGGAGGAAUGGCAACAUCAUGACUGGGUCAACGAGGACGAAUCUGAGUCUAAAACUACGUUCGGCACACACCUGCAGCUCCCCAGCGAUGUAACUCAUGUGAGUGCGAGGCUACGCAGCAUCAUCAGCAACGGCGACUGGCUUGACAGGAUAAGUGCACCAAGAGAAGAUGGGAAGAAAGGCCUCUUGGCCAAACUGCGCGGCCGAGAGCGAGAACGUGCAAGGAGAAAGAAGGCGGAAGAAGAAAAGCGCCAACGUCUGAAGGAGGCCACAGGUGGUACGGCGGCUAGUCAUGGCGCACUACUCGGCAUGAGCUCAGACAGUGAUUUGAGCACCCCAGAGCCUUCCGAUAGCGAGGCUGAUGAGGAUGUCACAUUGACUGGGGCUGGCAUUAUCGACAGAAUCUCGGUCAAAGAUGAACCUCCUGCUAUUUCGAUGGCCACUGUUGGAACCUCGGGGCCAGCAGCGACGGCGCAUACUGCACCGAAGAAGAGAGGCCGACCGAGGAAGAACCAGGAAGCUAUCCAAGUCGACGAGUAA